AUCUUGCGAUUUGUAUGGAACGGUAUGUCAAAGUGCAACUUGCUGUCAUGAAGGACCCGCGCGACCCAAGUACGCCGACGCCGGGCUGCGUCGCGGCCGCGGCCGCACCGCGAACUGCCGCCGAGGCCGCGCCACCUGUGCACGAAGUCUUUGGCGAUGGCAAUUUGAACGCUGUCAUGCUUGUGCUCUUGCUCCUGCACUUGAUGCAGUACGCGAUGCGCGACCCCUGCACGUGCUAAGAACGCUAUAUCUAUGUAUAUGAAGUUGCGUACGAAAUCACGAUCAAAAGCACUUGCGAUCCAAGAUCGACUCGUGGUACUCUUCCC